UUAGAAAAUAGAGGCUUGCAGGACCGUGUUCGCCAACUAAAAGUAGUUAGUGAUAGCAACCAAAAAAAUAUUUUAAAAGGUUACAUUCUUAGUCAUUGUGAUUUAAACCCAGAACUAACCCGUUUUUUUUACAAAAUACCCGAGAUAACUGGUUUUUUAAAUCACCAAAGGGGGGAUGAUAAAUUACCCAAUCCUGUUUCCGAAUCAUUAGUUAAAAACUUCUUGGCUAAGGCAAAAGAAAAAAAGGAAAAUAAACCAGAAAGUUAUCAAGGAGUUGACUUAAAGGUUGGCGAUUUAGUAAAAAUUACCGAAGGAACCUUUAUUAAUCGUGAGGGUCGAAUUACCCAUCUCGACCCAAAAAAACAGAAAGUUAAAAUUACUAUUGAGUCUUCCGGCUGA